AUGGCUGAACCUCCAGCAAGGCAUCUCGGAUUUGGUAAUUUCGGGAAAAGAUUUCUUAUUGAUAAUCUGCUACGUCCUGACAAUAAAUUAUCCACUGCCAGAGUAAUACCUGUUGCCAACCAAAAAAGGUGUCUCACCAGGUUGGUGUGUGGGCCAUUGGGACUGGCUCAAAAAAGCUCAUGGCUGUCCUUUAAUAGAGUUCAACAGAGUAACACCUCGCAGGAGAUUAAGAAAGAGUCACAUUCAGUGAUGACUGGUAUGCUGCAGUGUUCUUCUGCUCUUAUUCAUCCGUGCUACACCAGCUCCAGUCCACUGACCUGCUCUCCUCCUCUUCUCUUCAAACGGACCUGUACUGCAGUGUGGAGUCCAGGCUCGAGCUCUAAGCCCCAUCGAGGGAUUCUCAGAAGAGCAGUGUUCUCUGAACAGCAGAGAAAAGAACUGGAGAAAACGUUUCGUCGACAGAAAUACAUCAGCAAGACAGACCGUAACCGACUGGCCAUGGAGCUCUGUCUGAAAGAAACACAGGUAAAGAUCUGGUUCCAGAAUCGUAGAAUGAAAUGGAGAAACUCAAAGGAGAGAGAAAGCCUGAGCUCACGACCACCUAUGGAAGAACUGCUGCUGAGGAGCAUCUCGGAUGAAGGAGAUAUAGGACACACACACAAACUACCCAGAGGAAAUCAUCACACAUCUACCACUGAUAAGCACUAA